CAGCAACGGGAUUUUCCAAAUUCGGGGUUUUGAUUAACAUAGCAAAAUCGGGUUUCCCUAAAUUCUUAGUAAAAAAUAUUCGCCGGCCGGAAGUAAGACAGACAGUUGGUUUCUUCUCGGGAAAUUCGCGUCCAUCCUUGCUCAAUCUGCUCGGCUUUUCCGGACUUCGGGAUUCCAGCUGCCGGUCCACCAAGAACACCAUUUUCUGCACCGCCCAAGGUAUCUAAAGCUGAAUUUGUACUGGGCUCGAUUUUUUUUUUCUUUUCGCGAUCCAUUUGACAAUUCUGAGUUCCGAGCUGCUUUCAUCUCUUUGUAUAUUUCGAAUUGGGUUUUCGUUGUCCUUUGCUGUCUAACACGAGUAAUUUCUAUGAAAAUGAUAUGGGAAGUUCAAUUCGAUUGAAGUUGCUAGGGUUCUCAAAUUGUCCCGCCUCUGUAAGUUACUGCGUCUGUUGAACCCGAAUGCUGAUCUGGAUUACUGACUUAAUGUUGUUUGCCAUAAUCUUCAUCAUGCUAUUGCUAUCUGGGCCCAGAUUUCACUUCUGGCGACCCUACCAAAUUACGGCUUUGUUUCCUGCUAGGUCAAGCAUUUUCCUUGCAAGAGUGUGUCAAAAUGGUGGAUUUGAAGGGAACACCAGCUCUCCAUGGAUUCAAGAUGCCUGCAGAGUGGGAGGCUCAUUCUCAGACUUGGAUGGGUUGGCCUGAGCGACUAGAUAACUGGCGAGAUGGUGCUGCACGUGGUCAAAAUAUUUUUGCUAAGGUGGCAACUGCAAUUUCGAAGUUCGAGCCAGUGACUGUCUGUGCUAGUGCUGCACAGUGGGAAAAUGCUAGGAGGCAGCUCCCUGAAAACAUUAGAGUUGUUGAGAUGAGUAUGAAUGAUUGCUGGUUUCGUGAUACUGGCCCAAUAUUUGUUGUAAGGAAGAGUGCGCCAAAUUCCAACAUUUCUUUGGAGCAAGUGAUUGCAGCCAUUGACUGGAAUUUCAAUAGUUGGGGAGGAGUUGAAGAGGGUUGUUACCAAGAUUGGAGCCUUGAUACUGCUGUGGCAUCAAAGAUUCUUCAAAUUGAGAGGUGUCCAAGAUUUCAACAUUCUAUGAUCCUUGAAGGUGGAAGCAUCCAUGUCGAUGGAGAAGGGACAUGCCUUACCACUGAGGAGUGCCUCUUGAACAAGAACAGGAAUCCUGAUCUGACAAAGAGACAAAUAGAAGAUGAACUGAAAGAGUAUCUGGGAGUUCGUAAAGUUAUUUGGUUACCUCGAGGACUAUAUGGUGACGAUGAUACAAAUGGUCACAUAGACAAUAUGUGCUGCUUUGCACGACCUGGUGUGGUUUUGCUGUCUUGGACUGAUGAUGAAAAGGAUCCUCAGUUUGAACGAUCGGUCGAAGCCUUUACUGUGCUGUCUAAUGCAACUGAUGCUAAGGGGAGGAAGCUAGAGAUAAUCAAGCUUCAUGUGCCAGGACCUCUUUACAUGACAGAGGAAGAAGGAAAUGGGUUCGCUCAAGAUGGUGAUGGCAAAUCAAGAGUUUCGGGUACAAGACUUGCUGCUUCGUAUGUGAACUUCUAUUUUGCCAAUGGAGGGAUAAUUACACCACAAUUCGGAGACAAAAAGUGGGAUGAUGAAGCCAUUCGCGUCCUGUCUGUAGUAUUCCCAAAUCGUGAAGUGGUUGGAAUCGAAGGUGCUAGGGAGAUUGUUUUGGGAGGUGGAAACAUUCACUGCAUUACCCAGCAACAGCCGGUUGGUUCUCCUGGUGCUUUGUCGAAACACGAGUGAGUAGAACCAUUCGGAAACGAGGUGGCGGCCCUUCAUCUUUAAAAUGGCUAUCAUGCUGUAUAGGCUCCUACAGGUUCUAUAUUAGCUUUUAUGUACUUUAGUGUUGGGGUACCAAGUACGGUUGGUUGUGGUAUUUGAGUGUAUUAUCUAACUCGCUGUAGAUAGGAGCAUUCCUUUAGGAGAAGUUGGAACUCAAUAUCUCUGGAUUGGUGGUUCUUCUGCAAUUCCAAGUUUGAUGAACAGGUGUGUACGAACUUAGGUUGUAUAAUUUGGUUUGAGAAACAAGUUGGGGUAGUCUAAUUUAUGCUGAUAUGAAUUAAUAAAAAAAACAAUUCCACGGAAAGCACUUCUCUUGAAAGAGAUUGUCACAUGACAAAUCGAAGUGAAUGCAUCAUGAUGGUAGUUACAAUAUAGUUAACUUUGCUACUGUGAUGACUUAGAAAAAACAGCCUAAACAGUCGACUGCUUCCAAAAAAUGGUCGAACUUCUGUGGCAAAUGGUCGAUUGUUUCCGGUAAUGGCCGAUUGGAUGACAUGCUUAGUUUGUUAUAACGGAAUUGCACCAUUACAAACGAAAACAACGCUCGACCACUCCAAUAAAGUGUUCUAUUGGUUGGUCAUUACCUUAUGAAAUUUGGAACAAGAUUCCAUCAAUGGAAAAGUUUUUUCACCGUUAUAAAGAAAAAUACAAGUCGAACGAGAAUAUAACGAUCAAUCGGUUGGUCAUUAUCUUAUCGGGGCUGGAACAUGAAUCUAUUACUAUAAGGUUUCAGUACUCAACAAGAACUUUUCCAGCAUUUAUAAACAUAAACUUUUAUAAAUAAAUAUCGAAAGUGCCAAUCUAUCUCUCUAAAAAUCAUGUAAACGAAUUCUUAUGGCUUAGGAGCUUGUUGAAGAAGAAAAAACAUUGGAACAUCAAAGUUAGUUGUUCGUGCACUACCAAUAGAUUAACAGGCCGACCACAUAACUUUCAGGUUAUAUCCUGAGGUUCAUCAUCUUUAGAGCACUCUUCACGGCAUUCGCUUGAGGUAUAAAGACCGACCUCGCAAUGAUGUCAUUGACCAAUUUCUUUUGAAACAUCACAAUACAAUGUUUAUGGUCGACUUCCAUUGCCAUUUUUAUCAUAAGGUCGACCACAUAAUGGUUGCGGCCAACUAUAUAAUCAUAGUGGUUGACCGCUGGUCAAUCCUUUUUCGGAAGUGGUCGACCAUUUUCUCCAAAUCAUAGUGACUUGAAAAUCACCAUAAGCGUAGUCAAGAAUUCAUCUAAGGUAGUGCCAACGUGGAAAAACAAAACUUAACAAUAGUUUCAUAUGUAUUUUUAUAUUUUGAAAAUUUCUAAAAUACAUUCAUCAUGCAAAUUAUGAGAGAUGUCAUUCUUAAGUUACCCAAAUAACUAUGGAUGCUUCAAUUACCUCCACAGGUUCGAAUUUUUGUGUGGCGAUGAGGUAGAAACAUUCUACCUACAGGGGCAAAUCUUAGCAGAAGAAUCCCAGAGGCACAUGAUGAAUGUCACUUUUGUGGAUUGGUGAAAAUCCAAGAACACAUAACUAGAGAUUGUGACUGGUUAGGUCGAGUCUGUAGACCAAGCAAUUUGGCGAAGUAUUUCAUGAUGGGGAAUGGAAAAAACUGCGAGGAAUGACUCUGCAACCUAAUUGAGGGGAAAAACAAGGAGGAGCUCAUUGUGGUGCUAAUCACCCUAUGGUUUCUUUGGAAAGAGAGAAACAACCAUUUGUUCAAUAAUGCAAAGCUAGAGGAAUGGGAGGUGGUGAUGCAAGCUCAGUAUUACCUGGAAGAGUAUUAGCAGAUGCAGACCCAGGGAGUAAAGGCCCCUACUGUGA